CUUAUGUAUCCCUUCGAAAGAAGAACAUGAGCAGAAAAGCUUCAAGUAAAAGAACUCGGACCAGACAAGCCAGAAGUGAAUAUAACCCAACAAGCAAGAGAAAAGGAGAAAACCUACAAGAGAUGUUUUUCCAAAGUUUCACUAGCAUGUCCUCCCUUGCUCCACAUAAUUUCUCCUGGGUCGAGCCGAACAAACUGGCUGGACUGGCGCUGCCCAGGAUGACAGCUGAGUACCAGUACAUGCUGGACAAUGGUAUCAAACACCUGGUUUGCCUGUGUGAGAGAAAGCCACCCAACCAUGACACGUGCCCAGAGUUACAGCUGCACCACAUCAAGAUAACAGACUUUACUCCUCCUUCGCCGAGUCAGAUUGAUAAAUUCCUCUCUAUCGUUGAGGAGGCCAACUCCAAGGGGGAGGGUGUGGCAGUUCACUGCAUGCAUGGUCACGGAAGAACAGGGACCAUGCUGGCCUGCUACCUGGUGAAGACCAGGAAGUUAUCGGGGAUCGACGCCAUCAACGAGAUCCGCAGGCUGCGAAGUGGUUCUAUUGAAACUCACGAACAGGAGAAAGCUGUGGUGCAGUUUUAUCAGCGGACAAAGUAGUUUGACAACAGUUAAGUAGCAACGGUUUUUACAGUUUAUAAGCUGAAAAUAAUUGGGAGAAGUGCCUUGAUUAUAUUGCUAAAUUACUUUAUUAUAUAUGAAUGCGAAAAUACAAGAAUUAAUGUUUAAUCUGGAUAAUUUAAAAGGCUGAAUGUCCUGGGGAAAAAUACAGGACAUUACACUGUUUGCUCCUGGGACAUUUAUCUAAGACAUACAUUUCUACAGUAAAUACAUCUUGGCACUGUCUUUACAUAGUACUGUAUACUGUCAUUUAGCUUAGCACAUGAUUACCUCCACCUAUGAGGUUUCUGUUUAUAAGGCUUUAACCUUCAUUUAUGCACUGGACUCCAGAGAAAAGAGACGCUGACGCUCUUUGAAUGUGAGCUUUUCAGGAGCCGACUCCCUCCUGAUUUUCUCCUCCUGGUUUCUGUGAUUAAACAUGAUAUUUGCAGAAAUACUUGAACUGUAUUAAUGUGCUCAUGGGGACACAAACGAAAGCUGGUUUCAAAAUAUGGCUUGUAUUUUACUCAGGGAUCUCUUUCAAACACUUAAAUAACUCCAUUGUUGUAAUGUCUUACUCGUUUAAAUGAAGAAGCUUGUUGUGAAAACACAUGUAACAACUGUACAUGAUGAUAAUGUCAUAAGGGGUAGACAUUCUGCAAUAUAACUGCUUGUUAGAAAUUAUUGAAUUUCAAUGUUUUACAGCCAAAUAGUUUAAAUUCAAUGUUUUGAUGCCAUGUUGUUAAAGUCUUGAUUCAGUCCGCUCCAUUUUUGAUCUGCCAAAAACAUGAAAGUGUUGCAAUGUGCAAUAAAAUAAGAUGUCUGAUCCGCACAGACUCUUUAAAGUGAAUGAAACUGACAAAAAAUGAUUACCUUUAUUGACUAUAAUAGAGAAGAAUUACCUGUCUUUGCCUUGUCCCCCUUCUGGGAGAGAUGAGUUCCUGCAAGCUUUUAUGAGCUUUUCUCUUUCUGUUCAGUGUUUCCAGCAGAACUCUUGUUAUUAAUACUAGUGCAGUGCCUGUAGGAAGUAUGUAUUUGUACAUUACAUGCCACACUACAACGUCUGCAACUCCAUAAAACACUUACUUAAGGUAAGGUACAUAAGGUACGCACACCAUCCAGCACAUACACAUUGAACAUUGAUAUUUGCUGGAAAAUAUUCGAAUAUUAUUGGAAAAUGUAACCUUAAAACUCUGAAAGAUAGGUAGGCUAAAUAGACUUACAGAUGAGAUGAAUCAGGCGUGGAAAUCCAGAGAGAAUUGUGUUAUUGACCAGGUGUAGGACUAUCACACAAUGGGGCGGAGCUCCCAUAAAAGGCGUCCAAUCAGAAACAGUGCAAUGCUGCAACACGCCUUAUGUAAAAAAU